AUGUCUGAUAUUUCUGUCGAAAUUUUGACUUCCACUGUUGAUAGUACCUCAAUAUCACAGCCACGAAAGUCGGUUAAGAAAAUUGUCUCCACUGAUGAUGAAGAAGAGGAUAACGGGAAUGAGAAGAAAAAUCAAGACAAUGGAAAUAUUUUAAGUGAACAAGAUAAUGUUGAUGAAAAUGUUAUAAAGGAGAAGAGACAAACUGAUGUUACUCGUAAUCGUUCAUUUAGUGAUAAUGACAGUAUAGAAUUAGCUGAAUCAUUCUAUGUUUCAAAAUCACGAAUUAAUUUUACGCCACUGAGUCCCUCCUCAUUUGAUGAAAAACUAAUAAAUGAAGAGCCAUUUUCCAAUGUAGUAAAACAAGUUGAGAAUGAAAAUGAUUAUAAAUUAAAAUUAAUGUCAGAUUUAUAUGAUGCGACUACUGAUGAUAUUCGUAGACAAAAAAAUAUCGAAACAGAUUCAAAAUGGAACACCGAUGGAGAGGAUAACGUGGUAAAAAUUAAAAAAUCAGCAAGAACCAAAAAGCUGAGAAAACCGACGAAAUUAGGUGUUUUACAAGUUCAAAAAAAUACUCAAAAACUUUUGCGUGAAUCUACACUUCGCCUUCCUUAUCAUAAACCCGAACAACUUACAUCAAUUACAGCUUUUAUGGACAAACGAAGAUCAUUGAAAUCACAAACAUCAGAAGAUCCUAAAAAUAACGAUGUAUCAUCAACUUCUAACUUGAUAAUACCUGAAAUGCAAUUGAAAAUAUUAACAGAUAUGAAUAGUAAUGAUAAAAUGAAAGAGGAAAUCUCACCUAAUUCAACAAAUCAAGUCAGUGAAAAACUAGUUUGUCAUAUAUCGAACUCAUUGAUGAAAAAAAAACCAACAUUAGCAAGAAAUAUCAACCGAAAACAAAUUAUUGAUUUUAAUGAUUGUAUAGUAAAAAAAGAAGCACCAAUUCCUCAAAUGUCGAAUUACAAAUCAAUAUCACCUGAUAAACCAAUAACAAAAUCAAAAAAUCUUUGUCAUCUUCAAGAAUUACUUCGUGUUCAAAUAACAGAAAAAUGUCGUAAUAAAUACUUGAAAAAGCAAAUAGUGACUAGCAUGAGCUCGGAGCAGAAAAGUAAAUCAUCACCGCCAAUCAAAAAAACGACACCGAUUCGUAUGAUCAAAGAUCAAGAUAAUGAAGACGAGGAUAAUGAUAGUGAGGAUUUUAUUUUGGAGAACAGUAGCCAAACGUCGGAUGGCAACAGUGAAAUGAGAGAGAAUGAGGAAGAUACAAAGUCAAAUGAAGAUCAUGCAAUUACCUACCACGAAAAUGAUAAAUCAGAAAAUAAUGAAGAAGGGAAAAUAGGGGUUAAUGCGUCAAGUGAAAUUCUAGAUGAUGAACUUAUUAAUCCGAUUCUUGAACAAAAAUUCUCUUAUUAUGAUGAUGAUGAUGAUGAUAUUAUUCAUCCAAAUUUACCCGUUUUACAAAUUUCUCAACAACAAGAUGAGUUAUAUAGAGCAAAUUUAUCAUUGCAGAGUGACUCGGAAUUACUAUCACAAAGGGAAGCAUCAAAUACUGAUCAUUUCUGGUGUGAAAGAUCACAAGCUCCAUCGUCGGCAUUGGAUGAUGUUGCUCUACUUUGUUCGGGGCAGUUUAUGGAAGAAGAUAUUCCAUGUUCUCAAAAUCGAUUAAAUGACUUUUUCACUCUUCCGCUGUUACCCAAUCCUAUAAAAUCCAAUAGCAUUGAACAUUUAUCGGAAUAUAUUCCACCACUGACAUCUCUAGCUAUUGCGGCAUUGCACAAUGACGUCGAGAAUGAUAUUCAAAAGCCUGCAUUUAAACGAAAAACUCGACGAGUAUCUGAGUCAUCGGAUGACGAUAAACAAUCGAUGGUUGCAGACGAUGACGACGAAGAAGAAGAAGAAGAACGCCAAGAAGCAAAUAUUGAAGAUAAUGAAGAAUUAAUAGAAUUUAGACAAAGUUUAUUUGAAAUCGAAGCAGAAGAAUCAGGUAGUGAAAGUGCUGAUAAACAUGACGCUGAAAUAGAAGAAGAGAGCAAUGAUGCACCGGAUGAAGAAUUAUUGAAAUUUAUUGAUACUGAUCAAAAUGAUUUAAAUGAGAAAAGUUUAAAUGAUUUAACGAAAGUACACAUGAAAAUAAUGGAUAAAGAAGAUAAACAAAAAUUAAAAAUAUUAAAAGAUCAUUAUUUAGACAAUGACGAAGAUGAUAUCGACGAAAGAUUUAUGAGAAGACCAUCCUAUGACGAAGACUAUGAUGAAGAUACAAAUGUAGAUGGAGACGAUGAAUUAAUAACAGACUGCCAUGAUAUUGAUACAACGAGUGACACUGGCUUGAAGAAUAAACAAAAUUGUCUUGCUCAAGAAAUUCAAAUUGAACAUUUAAAUGAAGAUAUUCAAACUAUUGGCAAUGAUAGUCAAAUAUUUAAACUUGGCUGUGAAAUACGACAGAAGAAAAUGCAGCAUACAAUAUCUGAUACUGACACAACUGAAGAAAAACAAAUGAAACAAGAAGAGGUUUACUCUGCCACGUUUACAUCAAGAACAACUCAAAUAAUUCCAGUCUCAUCGUUAACACAACUGAGUUCACGUUACGAUCAUCUGACAUCAAAAUGUUCAGCAACAACGAUCGGCUCCACAACGGCAAAAAAUGGCAAAAUUCAUGAUCCAAGACGACUAGUAUUUUUAACAUCAACAUGUAGCAAGAAUCAUAGUCAAAUUGAUAAUGGUGGUGAUAAUGAAUCACCCAUAACAGAUAAGAAAAAUCUAGAGUCAAAUAAAUCUCAAGCGAAUGAUACGCUAUGGAAUGUUAUGGAUUCUCCAAUACCAUCGAAUAAACGUUUUAAACCGUUAAAAUCUCCAACAUUCACACUGCCAGCGCCAGCAACAAGUACAAUAAUCAAGAACAAUGCUGUUCAUUGGAUUGAUGCAGCAUCGAAAGCUGUCAUAGAUACAAUAAUACGAAAUACAUUUCGUGCAGCUGGUUUUGAAGCUGGUUUUGUUGAUAUUGAUAAUGGUACACCUGCAUUUAAUGAAUGGUUUGAUAACUGUGAACAUCUUGUAGCUUGUGGUGUCAAUGAAAAAGAUGAUGAUGACGAUGCAGAUAAUUAUAUAUCAACAUGA